AUGAAAGGCAGUAAACAUACUGCACAACUUAAAGAAGGUUACACUGUUGAAGACAUUAAAAAAAUAGUUCAAGAAAAAUUUGGCUCUACUAACUAUAGACUUAUCGUUAAUGGACAAGAAAUACAAGACAAUGAUCCAAUUAAAUUUGCUGAAUUGAAAAAAUCUAUUAAGAAUAACACAAUCAUUUAUGUUUGUCAACGAAUGGAUGGUGGUUCAGGUUUACUUGAUAUUGACUCGCAUAAAGCAACUAUUAUCGUUGAUCUUCAAGAUGAAUUACGUAAAAUUCCAACUCAACAGACAAAUUCAGAAUGUAUGAUUUGUACAGAAGAAAAAAAGUGUAUUAAAUUUUGCUGCAGUUCAAUUAUUUGCAAAGAAUGUUUUCCUAAUUAUUUUGUCAAUUAUGAUUAUAAAAUCAUUUGUCUUACUUGUAAUCAAACUGUAUCACCAGAAAAUUUUUUUGUUACUCCACAAUUUAUCCAAUCACUCGUUCAAUUAGAUGAGACAAAAUUAAUGGCACGAAAUAUCGAUUUUCAAAUAUGUACAUGUGGUGCAUUUUCUAUCAAUAGUACUAUGUAUGCAAAACAAAAAUGUGACAAUUGUCAACGAUGGUUAUGUUUUUUUUGCAAUGCUGACUGGGAUGAAAAAGAAAAAAGAAUGCGUAAUGAAACGUAUACAUGCAAAGUAAAUUGUUUUUGGGAAACGAAAAUUACCUAUCAAUUAGUUACACUUGAAUAUAACAAAUCAAUGAAAGUACCAAAUCGGCGAUGUUGUCCAAAAUGUUUUGAAUGUGGCUCGUAUGAUCAAAAAUGCAAGUAUCAUAGGUGUAAAUGUGGUCACAAAUUCUGUUUUAUUUGUCUCAAAACGGAAGAAGAAUGUAAGCGUGAUUAUAAAUCUGCAUAUCAUCAACCGUGUGGUCCACUAGCACAACAAACAUUUAACAUAUUUCCACGUCUUUGUCAUUAA